AGCCAACUCAUUGCCUCGUGUAACAGUUGAAAAUUCAAACUUUCCUAAAAACUUGUCAAAAAAUCUGUCUUUCUAACUUCCCUGAGAGUCAUCAUUAUCUCAUUUUAAAGUGAAAUAAUUUACUUAUGAGAAAAAGGUGCUUUCGAGCAAAUCGUCUGUAAACGACCAAGACAACACACGACAUUUUGCUUUGAGUUGAAAGCACCUCCUUUCCUCCUUAGUGUAUUUCAAAAUCAAGCUCUACUUUGAGCGGGCGAUUGCUCAACAAUGUCCUUUGAACAAGUGGAAAGUGGAGAACUAUCACAAUAUGAAGGGAUGUCAGGGUCUAACCAGCCAAACACGGAAGAUUCUUCUGUUGAACAAAACCAAGAAAAGUCUGAUGAAAUACAAAAUAAAGACACUACAGUGCACGAACUGCAAGAACAUGUUAGUAGUGAUACAACGUCACAAGAUAACCCUACCCCAGAAGUAACCCAUCCAGAGGUAACCCAACCAGAGGUUACCCAACCAGAAGUAACCCAACCAGAUCCAGAAGUUCAAGCUACGACAGAAGACACGUCAGCACCAGCUACACAACUUCAAAGUGGUGAACAAGAAAGUACCUAUGCAAACCUUCAGCCUAUCUUUUUGGCAAUGGAAAUGGGACAAGAAGCCAUCCAAACAAGCCAACAUGGUGAACAACCAGCAACAACAACUGCUGAACUAUCACAAUCAUCACAGACUGUACAAGUGUCUCAGGCCAUUUCAGAACAAGCCAAUCAAAUGGUCUUCUCCCAGCAAGUUCUUAGUAACUUAGCAACAUCCGUUGGCGAGGGCACAACUUCAGUUUCCCUCCAGUCCAUAUUACAAGAUGUGGUAUCUGGGAUUCCAACAACAUCUGGUACAGUUCCAGCUGCAAUCAUCACUGAUCCUUCAUCAAGUACAGGGUCUUAUUUGAUAGUGAACCAGAAUGGUGUGCCUAUUGUGCGACCAGUUCUUGUGUCUAACAUGCCUGAGAGUGGAAUGAAUGGCUCUGAGACUCUCCAAGUGUUGGCUACUGGUGUACAUGGCAUGGAGGGAGGUGAUGGACAAGAGACUGUAACAGUUGAAGUCUCUGCUCACAAUGAACCUUCCUCUACUGGAGCUAGUGGGGUGUCAGGGAUGGCAGAAGAACCAAACCUAGAGAUGUCAACAGACAGUAUGGCAAUGAGGAUGCAUACUGAAGGCAGUGGAGAUGAGGAUUCAACUCCAUCAAGACUUUCUAGUGCUAAGCGCAAACUGAGUGAUGGUCCUCGUAUUUGUGAACAGUGUAACAAAGCAUUCAAAUAUCCAUCUGACUUGAAGAAGCAUUUGCAGAUCCAUACCAACAUCAAGAAGUUCAAAUGUGAGGAUUGUGGCAGGUUUUUCCGUCGCCUUCAUCAGCUCAAUGUUCAUAUGCGCAUACAUACAGGAGAAAAGCCCUAUGUUUGCAAUCGGUGUGGUGUCUCAUUCCGUCAUGAUUCCACUUUAACCAUGCAUAUUCGUACCCGACAUGACCACCUGCGCCCUUUCAAGUGUGACGAGUGUGGAAACACAUUUGGACGACUUUCUCAUCUUCGCAAACAUGUGCGUAAAGUGUGUGGUAACCGUUUGAACAAGGACAGGUCUAUUGCGCAGUGCCGUUUCUGUGAAGAGAACUUCCCCACCAAGAGUGAUCUUAGAAAGCAUGUCCUGAUUUGUGAGAAAAAAGAGGCCAAGGUCAAAGCAAAGGAAGUCACCCUGCAUGUGUGCGAUCAAUGCAGCAAAGAUUUUGCCAGUCCUUACAACCUGAAGAGACACCUUCUCACACACACUGAUGAAAAGCCCUUCCAAUGUGAAGUCUGUGCGCGCCAAUUCAAGGAGAAGUCAUCUCUCUCCAAGCACAUGAAACGCAAGCACACUGGUGUUGACCAAGGAAGCCAAACUGAGGAGACUGGCGAGACUGAAUUCAACAGUGUUGACGUCAUUGCUGAGUCGGCAGCAGCUAGUGGUGUUGCCAUGGAGACUGAAGAGGUUGAAACAGGCAUUGUGGGUACAGCAGAUGGCUCGUCUACAGUUGAUGCAAGCUCUCUUAUGGCUGACCGUGUUCAGGGUGAUGUAGAGAUGACAACCAUUGAGCUAAGUCUUCCACCAGGAGCUGAGUCUCAUGAAGCAACUGCCCUUCAAGCUGCAGUAGAGGCACUGGUGUCAGCCAGUCAGCAACAGAUGGCUGUCGAUCAUAGCAUUGAAGUCCCAACUGAGGAUGCGACAGCAGGAAAGGUCAUGUAUGCAGGCGGGGUGCCUGAAGAGACUGUUGCACAUCAAGUUGGGUUAGUUGAUGCGUCAGCUGCUCUUGUGGCAACAGAAGUGAAAGAUGUGACUGCUGAGGGUCAAGUUGAAGAGUUUGUUGGAACAACUGGCCAAGAAGAAGGCGUAGCCUCCCAUUGAUUCACAGGUUAUUACUUGACACUUUUAAAAGGUGCUCUUGCCUUUCUAUGGGUUUUAAAUCUUAAUGAAUUAGCAAUAACUUGAAUCUAGAAUAUGAGUAGGGAACGACAGUCAUUCGUCUUUAUUGAUAAUGUAGGAACAGUUAUCCAGCUCGUAUAUACAUAUUGACUUGCCACGCCCAUGGUUUUAACUUACCGUGAAUCAUUGUAUUAUAUCGUGUGCUAAUAUUAUUAUUCCAUGUAGUUGUCACCUUUAUUUUAUAACGUGUAAAAUAGUAACGAUCCGUUAAGUCACUGGUCGUUAUCAGUGAUUUCGUUUUACUUGUGUAGCGAUAAUAUACUCAACGAUGUAAAUUUGAUUUAUUCUUAAUCCCACAGUACAAAUCAUUUGAUUCAUAUCUUAGAAACUAUUUCCCUUAAUUUGUAGAUAAUUGGGGUCGGGUUUUGUUUAUGAUACUUCUGAAGUAAGUGUGCAUACCCGGUACUCAAUUCCUGCCCCCUUUCUCACUACAGCAGUGUAUCAAAAGUAGACGUUCUUCAUACUAGAUAAUAAUCUAAAACAUUCAAGUAUCCAUAUUGUUUGUAUUAUACUUUUACUAAUAGUUAACAUAAACUGACUCAGACUAGU